UCAUUGGAUGCCUCCAUAGGUCUCAUACUCAUAUAACUGGGUGGAGAUCCGUACAGCUGGGGGAUUGCUUGCAUUAGGGCUGCUUUAGAUCCGAGUAUGAACGAUGGGUCGGGAAGACCUGUCAAGGCCAGUGCUGCAUGGAAGUCACCGAGCCCUGCAAAUCAGUAUUCCUCGGGGCGAGACAGACCGGAAGGCUGAUUUAUGGAGACAGAGCAGACAACAUGAGCCGAAUUGGAAUCCUGAAUAGGCCAAGGCUAAACAUUACAGUCACCGGCUCACUCUGGGUGCUGGUAUAAAGCCGUGUGUCCAAGGCGGGAACCCAUGUCAGGAUAGUCAGUAAUCGGUCUGUUCCUUUGUGGUCUUCGUUUCCAUUUCCCCUCGUUACUCAAUGAAUUUCCUUUUGCUCUUAUGGCUCCUGGCCUCAGUGGCCUUGAGCAGUCCGAUUGCGCACGAUCUCUUUCCAUUCAAACCGACGUCUCAGCUGGAGGCAAGGGCCGCAAAUCAGAGUCAGUCGUUACAGAACUCUCAGGUGCCUUGGAAAGGAUUUGACAUCAAUACAAAUUACUAUAAGACUGCCCCGGAUACAGGCGUUGUGAGGGAGUAUUUCUUCGACAUCAUCAAUACCACUCGUGCACCUGAUGGGGUCGAGCGGCGGGUGCUUCUUGUCAAUGGACAAUUCCCAGGUCCAACCAUCGAGGCCAACUGGGGAGACACAGUGAAGGUGCAUGUCACCAAUCGCAUGCAGGACAAUGGCACUGCAAUCCACUUCCAUGGGGUUCGACAGCUGAACAACAACCAAAUGGACGGGGUAACGGCUCUGACUCAAUGCCCUGUACCUCCCGGAUCAAGCUACACAUAUGUCUGGAAGGCCGAGCAGUACGGUUCAAGCUGGUACCAUUCGCAUUUCUCUCUCCAGGCUUGGGAGGGCGUCUAUGGAGGCAUCGUGAUCCAUGGCCCUUCUACGGCUGACUACGAUCAAGACCUGGGUGUUCUCUUUCUGAGUGACUGGCUUCAUGAGACCUAUUAUAGCUAUUAUCAAGAGGAUCUCAAUAGUGGCCGGCUGCCUACCAUGGUGACGGGCCUGUUGAAUGGGACGAAUAUCUGGGUUCCCAAGCAUGGCCCUACUGUCGGCCAACGCUUCCAGACUACCUUUGUGCCAGGUCGGAGGUAUCGGAUCCGUCUGGUCAAUACUGCCAUGCACACGCAGUUCAAAUUCUCGAUCGACAAUCAUGACCUCACCGUGAUUGCGGCUGACUUCGUACCAAUGGUGCCAUUCAAGACGAAUCACGUCCCGAUUGGAAUGGGCCAGCGGUACGAUAUCAUCGUGACUGCCAACCAAAGACCGGAUAACUACUGGAUUCGCGCGAUGCCGCAAUCGUACUGCAGCAACAACACGGCGGCCGACAACAUCAAAGGCAUCUUGCGUUACAGGGGGUCCAACCCGAGCUCGGAUCCGCGGUCGACAAAAUGGAACUAUGGGGGCGACGUCGACUGUCAGGAUUUUCCGACGUCGACCCUUGUCCCGAAACUUGCUUUGAACGCAGACCUCGGCGAGGCGAACACGGUAACCUCUGAUACUGGCAUCGGAGGCAUUGGCAAGCCACCGAUCUACCUAUGGAAGAUGGGAGGUGAAAUCUUCAAUACCUCCUGGAGUGACCCAACCCUACUGCAAACCUCCGAUGCUCCGAAGAAGUCCAGCUGGGAGCCAGGCCAGGGAGUGAUCCAGGCGAGCGUUGCGGAUCAAUGGACCGUGCUGAUCAUUCAGACGACCAUUCCUGCCGUUCAUCCCAUUCAUCUACACGGCCACGAUUUCUACAUCCUAGCUCAAGGCCUUGGUACCUAUGACCCCUCCACAGUGAAGCUGCAGACAGAAAACCCCACGCGCCGCGACACGCUCAACCUCCCCGCAGCAAACGGCAAGGGUGGGUAUGUCGUCAUCGGGUUUGAGGCUGACAACCCCGGUGCCUGGCUGAUCCACUGCCACAUCGGCUUCCACGCGGCGGAGGGAUUCGCGCAGCAGAUCAUCGAGCGCCAGAAUGAGUUUGAGGAGUUCCUGGACAGAGAUGUCCUGGAAGAGACGUGUAAUGCGUGGAAUGAGUGGGCCGAGACGAACCCCUACGGGUUCCAGCACCGAGGCGAUCAUGGGCCAUAUGAGUCUGGUAUCUGAUCGGCUUGAAAUAGGGGACUUUUGGCCUCUGGCCGAGGUAUUCGUUCGUUUGUUCGUUCGUUUGUUCGUUCGUUUU